AUGGGUGAUCUCUUCUUCUCUCUAUCUUCUACACUCAUACUGCUACUUACAGCUACUGAGCUGUUCUUGCAUGCGCGUUCAACGACACAUUGGGAAGACAUUCAAGUCCUGAAACAGCUCAAGAAUGGAAUCGACACCAACUCAGUGAGUCCAGGCUCGUGCUUGAGUUCAUGGGACUUCACGGUCGACCCAUGCGAUAACCUCUUCAGCGAAAAAUUCACUUGCGGAUUUCGAUGCGACGUCGUAACAUCCAAUUUUAAUCGAGUCACGGAACUCACUCUUGACCAGGCGGGUUACUCCGGCUCACUCGCUUCCGUUUCCUGGGACCUCCCUUACCUCCAAAUACUAGACAUCUCCGACAACCUAUUUACUGGGUCAAUCCCAGACUCGUUUUCCAACUUGACUCGGCUUCAAAGACUAGGUCUAUCGCGUAACUCGCUCUCUGGCUCAUUACCCACUUCACUAGGCUCUCUCUCCAGCCUCGAAGAGCUUAACCUCGACAAUAACAACCUCCAAGGCACAAUCCCGUUAAGUCUCAACGGUCUGCAGAAUUUAAAAAGGCUCGAAUUUCAAAGUAACAAGCUCACAGGUGUGUUUCCUGAACUGAGUCAGCUUAGUAACCUAUAUUUAAUUGAUGCCAGCGACAACGCAAUCUCCGGCGAGCUUCCGGCUACUUUCCCGGCCUCCAUUUUCGAAAUCUCCAUGCGGAACAACCAAUUAGAAGGGAAUAUUCCGGCGAGUGUGACGAACUUGAUGUAUUUACAAGUGAUGGACCUGAGUUACAACAGACUCAGUGGGUCAGUCCCAUCGGGUCUCUUCACUCAUCCGUCUCUAGAACAAUUAACACUAUCCAACAACCAAUUCGGGUCGAUUGAAGCUCCAGCAAACUCGGUUCUACAAAGUCCACUCAUAUCUGUCGACUUGAGCAACAACCAGAUUCGUGGGAAUUUACCCUGGUUCAUGGGUUUCAUGCCCAAAUUGUCAGCUUUGUCCUUGGAAAACAACACGUUCUCGGGCAUGAUACCGAUGCAAUACGCAUUCAAGACGUUGGUUCCAGGUCAAGGGCUGUCACAGUUUGAGAGGCUCUUCCUUGGAGGGAACUAUUUAUUUGGACCUAUUCCGGGUCCUUUGAUGGAGCUGAAACCGGGUACGGUUACAGUUAGACUGGGGGAUAACUGCCUCUAUAGGUGUCCUUUAAGGUUUUUUUUCUGUGAGGGUGGGGUACAGAAAUCUUCAAUGGAGUGUAGGAGCUUUGAUCCCACCAUUCCUUGA